AUGCGGGGUCCCAAUAACAAUGGGAGAAAAACUGAGGAUAUAAAAUGGGAGCUUGCAUUGGUUUCCAUCUCCCCAUUCCCCCAUCCCACUAUAUCCUCCGUAUCAGCACGCCGAUCAAUCAGAAGAAGAGGAUGUAUGGACAACUUGUCAAUCAAGAAAGGUCCCAGAGACGGCGAGGGCAAGGAGGAAGAGCAUAUCUCGUCUAAAUACGGCCCACCACCACCACGAAGAAACGGUACUAACCGACCAAAUGAGGUGCCCACUAUCCGCAAAGGAUCUCGGUAG